AAAAAAACAAAUUAUUUUCCGGGAGGCUCCACGAAAUUCCUGAAACUUAUUCUCAUUUUCAGGUAGAAUGAGUUUCGUGUAUAAUGUCUUUGAUAAUUUCGUGUAAAGUGUCUUGCAAUUGUUUGUUUUGUUUCGUUUUGUAGUUUUUUCAAAGUUAAUAUUAAAUACACAGCUCAGACUUUUGUCAGACGAUCAAACUGCAGGAAGAUAGAGCUGUUUAGUUUCAGAUAAAGAUGGUUGAGCUGACCAACAAAUAAAACAAGACUUUGGAUUUGGAUUUUGCUUUUAAGUUAAUUAAUUUAAUGUAAAACAAAUCUUUGUCUUUUUCUCAAAGAUGAAUUUCUGAAUGUUGUAUGGUUUACAGAAGAAGCACUAGUAAUUUGCUUGUUUUGGUGGGUUUGGUAAGAAAUUUGGUUUAUCUUCCGAGGAUUGUUACCAAAUCCAAUAUAUAUAGUUGUUGAAGCGUAUGUCCUCUACUGAGUUAAGCAAGCAGCAAAACAACAAUGGCUGAAGCAAAGAGGCUUGAGAGACUUGAAGCAAUGAGAAGUUUACUAAAGAGUGAGAUGGAGAAAUCAGAAACUUUUUCCUUGGUUCUAAACAAGACCGGAUCCAAGCUUGAAGAAAUCAAUCACGAGUUGUCGUCUUUGGAAGCUGAUGUUAAAGUAGAGAAAUGGCGAUGUUCUCCUUUCUCUGAUCAUAUCCGUCACACCAUUGCCCCUAUAUCCGCUGUUUUGAGAGUCUUUUCUUCGGUUCAAGAACUCGAGAUCUCUCUCAUGUCCUCUGAUGAAGUCCUCGGUUAUGUUUCAGAAGUUAAACGCCUUGGUGAAGCGAUGAAGCUUCUCUCCAGUAGCUGUGUUCUUGCUCUUAAUUGGCUUGAAGAGACAAUCGAGUACCUAACCGAAAAGGGGAUGCCUCAAGAUCAUCCUUGCGGUUUACGGUUCAAGACUUCCAUUGGGCUUCUCCGGGAACUGCAAAUGACCGAGCCUCGUGCUUAUCUCAAAGGAGGGAUUCUUUACACAGCGCUGAAGAAUCUCAGAACAGAAUUCAAGAGGAUUCUGGAAGAGGAGCAGGUCUUGUCUGAAGACAGCUUGAGAAACUUGCAGGCUAUCAUCAAGAGAUUACAUGCUCACACACAGUUGAAAAAAUGUGUACCUGUUUACAUCAAAGUCCGCACAAAGGUCAUUCAGAAACAGCUUGAGAUUGAUUAUCUUGAGAGAACAAUCACAGAAGCUGAUAAUGUACAUGGUAUAGAAGGAGAUAUAGAUCAAUGGAGAUUGCAUAUGGAGAUAGCCGUGAAAGAGAUCUAUGAGGUUGAGAGAAAGCUCUGCUAUGACGUAUUUGAAGAUGUUGGAGAAAAUGUUCCCUUGCGUUGCUUUGGAAAAAUAGCUUCAAAUUCAGGAAUCUUGUCGCUUCUCAGAUUUGGAUCAAGAAUCAGCAAAUGCAAGAAAGAUCCACCAAAGCUGCUAAAGCUCUUAGAUUGUUUCUCUACAAUGGACAACAUCAGGAUAGAGUUUAACCAGCUAUUUCAAGGGGAACAAUGUUCAGAGAUACGCAGGGUUACACGGGAGCUCAUUAGCAAUCUCGUUAAAGGUGUCUGCGAGAUCUUCUGGGAGCUACCUUGCCAAGUGGAGCUACAAAGACCAAACUGUCCUCUGCUUGAUGCCGUAAACGCACACGAGCAGUACAGAGACUAUUACGCCGCACUAUACGUCAAAGAAAGCUGGGGAAACCUCUUGUCUCUACUCACCAACAAAGCUCAACCCACUUCUUCAUCAUCAUCUGCUGUGAAAAGAAAACGAGUCCGUGAGUCAAUCAAACGAACAUUACAAGACUUUUCAAAAGGUUUUGAUGAUAUCUAUACAAAGCAAUCAAAUUGGGUAGUUGAGGAUGACAAGUUGAGAUGGAAGAUAUGUCAAGCAAUGGUAAGAACGGUUGUGCCAAGAUACAAGAGCUACCUACAAAGUUACAUAAUGCUUCUAGCCGAAGAAGAUCCUACGAGUGAUAGUACUAAGCAUUUGUAUUACACUCCAAAGGGUUUAGAGAUGAAGCUGACGACAAUGUUUCAAAGGAGAGAAGAAGAAACAGAGAAGAGAAACCAGUAUUCUAACUUUGUGAACAGAGUGAUGGACUUGGGGAUUAAUCAGAAUUCUCACUCGACAUUAGAAGCUAUAUGAUGUCCUCAGACAAGACAGCGAAACUACACUCAUUUCUUGGUAUAACUUAGCUUAACUUAAAAGAGUUGUGUAAUGUAUUUGUGUAUUGUGACAUACAAAAAAAGGUAUAAAUGUGGAAUUGUGAAUGAUUAGUGAUACUAAAUCCAAAAAAUUACAAUAGUAACUCUAACGAAUUAGAUCAUUUCACCAAAA